AACACGUUCUUCCGCCCAUUUCCCUCUCUCUUCCUUUGUACGCCAUCGUGGUGUGCGCGGUGGACUCUGUUGCUCGCCAUGUCUUCUCACAAGACUUUCAGGAUCAAGCGAUUCCUGGCCAAGAAACAGAAGCAAAAUCGUCCCAUUCCCCAGUGGAUUCGGAUGAAAACUGGUAAUAAAAUCCGGUACAACUCCAAGAGGAGACAUUGGAGAAGAACCAAGCUGGGUCUAUAAGGAAAUGCACAUGAGGUGGCACAUAUGUUUAUGUUGAAUCAUGGUCACCGUCAUCUUGCUAUUAUCAAGCUGAAAAUCUCCACAGUCAAGAAGUCGGACAUGUUUAAUUGGGAUGUGAUUUUUUGUUUAUGUGCUCUGCACUAGUGGGCUGGCUCAGUAAUAAAUAUGAAACCGUUUGUCUGA